AUGAACAACCUUCGAAAUGCAUUUCCUGGGGUGUGCGGGGUUGCACUGGUCGCAACUGUGUUCAGCGGUGGGUCCAGCGGUGGAGGUGUCUUGAAGGCAUCUGUCGCUAUGUUCAACCAAGAGUUUUUCUUGAUGGUUUACGUGGUUGCAGUGGUUGCAGCGAUUGCAGCAAUUGCAGUGCUCUAUCGACGCUAUGAUGAGUUGAAACAACUCAACGAUGAGUUGGAGCCGCGACUUGCUAUUGCUCUCCAACAAAAUGGAAGAGGUACUGUGGACGAUCUCGAAACCGACGCUCCCCAAGCUGAUGCCAGCGAUCUGACAUCAAACGAUGAACUACGCGAUAACAACCAAUGA